AUGAGCCACGCGGCGAUGAGACUCUCGCUCUUGCUGCUGGCCAGCCUCUCGCUCGUCGACGCGUCGAGGAUCGCUGCGCCACCCGCCUCGUCGCUCACCCUUCGCCGCCUGCGCGGCGGCGAGGCAGAGGCGGAGGCCGCCGCCGCCGCAGCCGCCGCAGGGUCAAAGAACGAGGGCUCCUCGGAGGACGGAGACGACGAGGCCGAGGUCGCCGCGGCGCUCGCCGCCCUCUCGCGGUCUAUCGACGCCUUCAUGGACCAGUUCGCGCAACUCGAGUUGGGCGUGCUCUCGACCGCACGGCCGAGCAUCCUCGGCCGCAAGGCGUCGCCAGAGGCAAUCGCAGCCAGGCCAGACCGCAGGGCCUUCAAGGAGGCACACCAGCACUUUUGCGAGGUUCACCAGCUGAUGCGCGGCGAGUCCGACGAGGCGCUUCCCGCGGCGGCCGGCUCGAUGCAGCUCUUGCGGCAGGCGGCGCUCUACCUCUCAGAUGACGAGGCGGCGGCCAAGGAGAAUGUGCGGGCGGUGCCGGCCGAGACGGUGGAGAAGCUGGCAGCGCUUCGGGCCGCGGGCCGCCGCAAGGCGGGCGGGACGGUCGCCAGCGCCCUCUCCCAGCUACGCGUGGCGCUCGCGGGCCCGCUCGAGGCGCACAGCAAGCUGGUCGCUGCGCUCGGCGCGAGUCAGGUCCAGCCGGUGCCGGCGGCGCUCAGCCGCGAGGCGGUGACCGCGAAGCUGAACACGGUGCCGACCUUCUGCCUGCUCGACGGGCAGUCGCGCGUGGUCGGCAUGCGCGAGGAGGAGGGCGCCACCCCCACCGCCUGCUUCUACACGGACCCGGCCGAGGCGAGGGCCGUGCUCGAGUCGGCGAAGCGGGCGAUGCCGGACGUGCGCGGGCUGCACCUCGGCGUGACGCCGCUCGGGCGCGCCUUCGCCGCGUGCGGUGGCUGGCCGGGCGAUGAGCCGCAGGGCCACAUCGCGAGCACGCUCAAGCUGCAGGGCAGCGCGGCUGUGCGCGAACAGAUGGGGCCCUUCCUUCGCGAGCAGGCGGAGAAGCAGGGGCUGCCCGAGGCGGCGUGGCAGCUGCCCGUCUUUUGCACCGACCAGCUGCAGUCGGCGCACGCGAUGCCCUUCUUCCUCUCGCGCGAGGCGCUCGUGGACGCGUGGGUGGUCGCCGGCCUCGAGCGCGACGCUGUGCCGGACUCGCUCACGGCGAUGGACUUGCGCGUGCUAGUGCACCAGAUGUCGACCACCGACAAGUUCGCGUGGAACACGGUCAACCUCCUCGCCUCGCGGGAGGCAGUCGACCUCGUGAGCGAGGCGUACGCCGAGGGGCGCGCCGUCGCGGCCGCGCGCAGCGGGGGAGGGGCUGCGGAGAGCGCCGCGGCAGCGCUGGACGCUGCCGAGGCGGGCGGAGCGGAGGAGGAGGAGGAGGAGGAGGAGGAGGCCUGA